AUGGCCACAAGUCCUCAGACAGAUCUGCGUCAAAAGGCCCAACCGCAAUCUCAUCAUAAUACAUUGAAUGAUCACUUGGCAAGUAUUCCAGUCGAGGAUACAGCAAAGGAUGUCGAAAAGCAAAAGGGGAACGAGCCGGAAGAAACCGCGGCUAAGCAAUCCGCCUUCAAAAGUCUUGGCUGGUUAGACCGUUUUCUAGCCGUAUGGAUCUUCCUUGCGAUGGCUGUUGGAAUCAUCCUGGGGAACUUUGUGGAAAAUGUAGGUCCCGCCCUUCAAAAGGGCAAGUUCGUCGGGGUGUCUAUUCCAAUCGCGAUUGGUCUCCUGGUCAUGAUGUACCCCAUUCUCUGCAAAGUGCGGUACGAAUCUUUACAUCAUGUCUUCCGAGAGCGGGGGAUCUGGGUCCAGAUUGGGUUCAGUAUCUUUGUAAAUUGGAUUAUUGCUCCUUUCUUGAUGCUAGCAUUGGCAUGGGCUUUCCUACCAGACAAGCCAGAACUUCGAGAGGGCUUGAUUCUCGUUGGAUUAGCUAGAUGUAUCGCCAUGGUUCUUAUCUGGACUGGUCUCGCUGGCGGCGAUAGUGAAUACUGCGCAAUUCUCGUCGCAAUCAAUUCAUUGCUACAAAUGGUGCUCUUUGCUCCCUUGGCUGUCUUCUUUAUCAAAGUCAUUGGCCACUCGAGCAGGCAAGUCACACUAUCUUAUUCUACUGCUGCCAAGAGUGUUGCAGUCUUUCUUGGCAUCCCUCUAGGUGCCGCAAUUGUUACCCGCUUCACCCUUCGAAAGAUUGCUAGCCCACGUUGGUACGACCAGGUCUUCCUAAAGUGGGCAGGCCCGUGGUCACUUCUUGGACUUCUCUUUACAAUCCUUGUGUUGUUCGCAUCUCAGGGUCACCAGGUGGUUCAUCAAAUCGUAUCAGUAAUCCGAGUUGCUGCUCCGCUCAUCGUCUAUUUUAUCAUUGUCUUCUUCGUCACUCUUCUUGUGACUUACAAGCUCGGGUUUGGUUAUAAGUUGGCUGCCACUCAAAGUUUCACCGCUGCUAGCAAUAAUUUCGAACUUGCUAUUGCUGUUGCUGUCGCAACCUUCGGUGCUAAUAGCAACCAAGCGCUUGCCUCCACUGUCGGGCCGUUGAUUGAGGUACCGGUACUGCUUGGCCUUGUUUAUGUUGUCAAGUUUAUAGCCAAGCGAGCGGGCUGGAAGGACUGA